AUGAAUAAUAAUAAUAAUUAUGGUUAUAGUCAAUUACAAUCAUUUUCAAUAGAAAAUGAUAUAACAAAAGAUGAAUUAAGUGAUUAUUUAUCAAAUGACAAUUUACAAGGAAUUAAAGAUAAAUACAGAGAUAUAGGGAAUUUAGCAAGUAGGCUUGGAUCAAAUAUUGAAAGUGGUCUCACUUCAAAUGAAGCAUCAUCAAAUGAAAGGAUAGAAAGAUUUGGUGUAAAUAAAAUGAAUGAAAUUGCACAAAAAUCAUUGUUUUUCUUUAUAUGGCAAGCUAUUCACGAUAAAACAUUAAUAAUAUUAAUUAUAUCGGCUGUGGUUUCAAUAGUAUUGGGUCUAACAGUAGAAGAUAGAAAAACUGGUUGGAUAGAUGGUACUGCUAUAUUAGUCGCUGUAGUAAUUGUAGUGUUGGUAACUGCUGGUAAUGAUUAUAACAAAGAAAAAAAAUUUAGAAAAUUAAACUCCAUUCGUAACGAAAGAAAGGUGUCUGUAAUAAGAGGUGGCCACUUAUGUAGUAUUUCAAUUUAUGAUAUUGUAGUCGGUGAUGUUGUCAAAUUAGAAACUGGUGAUACAAUUCCUGCUGAUGGUAUUUACAUUGGUGGUCAAAACUGUUCGGUAGAUGAAAGCUCUAUGACUGGCGAAUCAGAUCAAAAGAGAAAAUCAAAUGAAGAGCCAUUCUUUUUAUCUGGUUGUCAAGUAUUGGAAGGUUCUGCUUCGAUGUUGGUAUUGGCUGUGGGUGAAAAUUCACAAUGGGGUAAAUUAAGAUUACUCUUACAAUCUCCAAAUUCUGAUACUCCAUUAACUCAAAAGCUCGAAAAAUUGGCCGAAACCAUCGGUAAAUUUGGUUUAAUUGCUGCUAUUUUAACAUUUGCCGUAUUGUUAUUAAAGUUUAUAAUUGUAUUUGUAAAAAGUAAUGAAACUUGGCAUUGGAGUCAAUUAGGAACCAUUGUUGGAUUUGUUGUUACUUCAAUUACAAUUAUUGUAGUAGCAGUACCAGAGGGUUUACCAUUAGCAGUUACAAUUUCAUUAGCAUACAGUAUGAUGAAAAUGAUGAAAGAUCAAAAUUUAGUACGUCAUUUGGAAGCAUGUGAAACUAUGGGUGGUGCUACAAAUAUUUGCUCAGAUAAAACUGGAACCUUAACUCAAAACAGAAUGACAGUUGUAAAGAAAUUUAUUGGUAAAUAUAUUGAACCAGAGGAUUUAAAGAAAGGAAAAUAUGAUGAACAGUCAUCAUCCUCAAUUCAUUCAUUCUCAUCACCUCAAGAAAUGAAUAGAUAUGGUCACCAAUCAGGUACAGCCAGUGAUAUGGAAAUGUUAACAAACCCAGAUAUAUCAAAUUUAUUGGCAGAGUCUAUAAGCUUAAAUUCUACAGCAUUUAUAGAAAAGCAUAGUGACCGUUUAAAUGAUCAUAUUGGUAGUAAAACUGAAUGUGCUUUAUUAGAAUGGUUAGAAACCCUACCAAACCAAUCAUACGAAAAUAUUAGACAUUCAAAUAAAUCAAGAAUUGUCAAAGCAUAUCCCUUCUCAUCUGAAAAUAAAAUGUCAGCAGUUAUGUUGAAAUCAAACAAAACAAAUGGUGGCUAUAUAGUCUAUGUUAAAGGUGCUGCUGAAAUAGUACUUGGUAAUUGUUCCAAUAUUAUUGAUAAGGACGCUCAAUCUGUACCAAUAUCCAGAGACGAAAAGAUGCUCUUACAAAAAGAUAUAGAAUUAUUUGCAAGUGAUGGAUUACGUACAUUAGUUUUGGCUUAUAAAGAAAUGAAAGAAGAUCCUUCUCAAUCAUCCCCUGAAAACGAAAAAUUAAUGGUUUAUUCAAAACUCACAUUCUUAUGCUUAGUUGGUAUUAAAGAUCCCGUUAGAAAAGAGGUACCAAAAGCUGUAAAAAGAUGCCAAAGUGCUGGUAUUAUGGUUAGAAUGUUAACUGGUGACAAUAUUUUAACUGCUAAAAAUAUUGCUAGGGAAUGUGGUAUAUUAAAAGAAGGUGGUGUAGCUAUGGAGGGCCCAGAAUUCCGUAAACUAACCGAUGAUCAAUUGGAUACAAUCAUACCACAUCUUCAAGUUAUUGCUAGAUGCUCACCAACUGAUAAAUAUAGAUUGGUCCAUAGAUUAAGAGAACGUGGUGAAGUAGUUGCUGUAACUGGCGAUGGUGUCAAUGAUGCACCACAACUUAAAGAAGCCGAUGUUGGUUUUUCAAUGGGUAUUGCAGGUACAGAGGUAGCAAAAGAAGCAUCAGAUAUUGUAUUAUUGGAUGAUAAUUUCAACUCUAUUAGUAAAGCAGUAAUUUGGGGACGUAAUGUAUACGAUUCUAUUAGGAAAUUCAUCCAAUUCCAAUUGACAGUAAAUAUAGUUGCUGUAUUAAUUGCGUUUGUUGGUGCAAUAACAAAUGGUGAAAGUCCACUUCGUCCAGUACAACUAUUAUGGGUUAAUUUAAUUAUGGAUACUUUGGGUGCAUUAGCAUUAUCAACCGAACCACCAACCGAUGAACUUUUCCAACGUCGUCCAUAUGGCAGAUUCGAUUCAUUAAUUACACGUCGAAUGUGGAGAAAUAUUCUAGGCCAAUCAAUUUAUCAACUUUGUUUCCUCUUUUCGAUUAUGUACAGCGCAAGCUCAAUGGUUAGACUUUUCGAUUUACCACCAGUCGCACAAUGGACCCCCAACGAUAAAAUGGUGUAUCAUACAAUCAUUUUUAAUACUUUUGUAUUUUGCCAAUUCUUUAACGAAAUCAAUUGUAGAGUUUUAAACAAUGAACUCAAUGUAUUUAGAGGUAUUCAUAAAAGUUUUAUUUUCAUUUUAGUGGUACUUGGUUGCAUAUUUGUUCAAGUUAUUUUAGUCGAAUUUGGUGGCGAAUUCUUUGGUACAAGACAUUUAGAUGCUAAACAAUGGUUAUUCUGUUGCUCUAUUGGUUUUGGAGGAUUAAUUUGGGGCUUCUGUUUAAGACUAUUACCAAUACCAAAUAAAGAAAAUGUUGUACGUCAACCAAAACAAUUAGACCUCAAAGGACUUGGUAAUAUCAAUGUUGAUAUUGAAAGUCAACCAUUAUUAGGUCCAAAAUCAAAAUGGAGAAAAGCAAGAAAUGUAUUCCAACAAAUUAAUGUUAUUUCAGCUUUUAGAAAUCAACCAAGACUUAAAAGAACAAAAGAAUUAUUCCGUACCAAAUCAUCAGAUUCAACUCCAAUAUCAAGAAUUAAUAGAAACUAUAGUGGCAGUGGUUUACAAUAA